AUCAAGCCCCGCACUACUUUUUUUUUCUUGUUUGAGAAGCCAUUUCACUUGUAUAUAGUAUGUCACAAAAAAGACAUUCCGUUUCAUCCCGACUUUAAAUCUGUAUCUGUUUGCUUGCAUUUUAGGUUCAUGGUCGCUGUAAGAAAAACAGUAUCUCAGGAAGUAAGCAUUAUCUGACAGUGGCCAGUGGGGUCAUGAUGUCUGUUUUUGUGUCUCCAGUCAUAGCGGCCAUUACUGUCGGUGUAGGGGUGCCUCUUAUGUUGACUUACGUCUACGGGGUCGUGCCCAUGUCGUUGUGCCGUAACGGCUGGUGCAGGCCACAAACUGAACCUCCUGAAGUAAGGAACAUACAGCUGGAAGAUCUGGCCAAUUAUCUUCUAUUUUCUCAUGUAGUCAGUGAUCAUUGGACUGGCCAGCCUAACCCAGCUCUAACUGAGGGAAGCGUACAGGAAGUGAGUGUGAAUGUGGAGGAAGUGAUGCCGCCUCCCAGCACCAGUGUGGUCCAGCCUGUAGCAAAGGGCUCCGUUGAACUCCCUAAUGAUGGACAUAAUGACAGCACUGAGCAGAUUGUUCAGUCAGACGGUGCGGAUGUAGCUGAGGAGUGUGCCUUCAGCAGCACACAAACAUUUGCUCUGAGGGAAGGGACCAAUAUUGAGGUCCGUGUGGAGAUUGAGGCCCAGCCACGGGGCGGCCGGAAGCCGAGUCUCAGCAGUAUUCUGUCUAGCAAGAGCCUGUCGGCAGAAUCUCUCAGCCAGCCCUGUGAACCUCUGUGUGCCUCUCAACAGCCUGGGAGCACCGACCCCGUGCCAGUUCCUGAGAUAGACAGCGUCUGAGCGACUCCUGGAAAACCACUGGCAUCCACGACUCACCUACAGUCCCACCAGGAGCUUCCAGCCUCUGCCUGCAAAAGCAGAGAGUCAGCGAGUGUGAAAGAAAAGAGAGAGAUGGAGAAAAGCGUUCAGGGCAGCUGCUAAAAUACCACGGAGGGGAUUAAAGAUGAUCAUAUAAACUCAAAUGACCAAGCGCAUGUUUGUCUACAACUAUGAGGAGUGCUAACCAAUUUUAUACUGUGUUCUAGAGAAAAAAUUGCUGAUUUGGAUGCUGUUUGUUUAAUUUAUUCGAUAAGCUUUCCUUUUUAGCUAUACCCUUUAUCUAAUGACCAUAUGGUUCUUGCCCCCUGACUCAUGGAGAAAAAAAAGAAAUGCUUAAAAGUUAUGGAUUAUUAGCAUGGUUAUUUCUGCCACAGUUGCCAGCCCGACAUGCCCUGUGAGUGACUAGCAAGAUGGUGAAAUGCGGGCUGAAGAUAAGCGUGCUGUGGGCUAAAGCUAAGGGCUUUUCCCUUGUGGUAUUCAUUCAUUUAAAAUAAUGCAAUUUUAUUUUUGCAUUUUCAUGAAGGAGCAGCAAAUGGGGGAAUUUAUGGGAAUCUGUGGGACUAGAAUUAGCCCUCAGUGUCAUGUUGUUUCCAUUAUGAUGUCAAAACUGGUGAUCUUAUGGAAUGUAAACAUCAUGGACUAUGAGUGCUGCUAUAAAAAACUGAUGACCUUGUUUUUCUCUCUUCACUUUUUAUCUUUAUUUCUGCAGUAAAGGAAUUUGUUUUGUUUUUUCCCCCCUGCUGUUAUUGAGUAGCCUAGUUAAUGAUUAAUAGCCCAUUUACUAAAGAGAGGAUCUUCUCAAUCCUCUGCAUUGACAGUUUCAGCUUGCUUAAUACAUUGUACUGGUAUCCAAGAGCCAACAAUUGCAUACUGUCUAGAUUUUCUUUACUGCUAUUUUGACACUUUGCAUUAAUGAAGGAACUGCUAGAUCAGGCCUCUAACUCAAACUUUUACCCUCUGUCCAAUUUAAAAAUGAGCAGCAGAUAGCCCAUGCCUCCAGGAGUUUCCUAAACCUUUAUAGCUGCACUGCAGAUUGGGAACAAUGAAUGGAACAUUAUGUCAGUAAAAAUAUUUGUAUUGAA